AUGCCUCCCACUCAUAAAAAGAAGCUCAGUAUCAAUUUGACAUCGUCCGUCAAUGAACCAGUCACGAACAAUCCAUCGAUGACACCAUUCCUAUACAACAACAGCGUAUUUGACGUGAACAGAGAUAUCGAAGCCUCGCCGGCACCUUCUUAUCAUGGCAACGACGAUCACUAUAAUGGCAACGACGACCACAAGUCGAAACAUGAUCCCGAAACCCUUUCCUGGUCAGAACGACUAAAACAUUUUACUUGGGCCUGGUUUGCCUGUACAAUGUCAACAGGAGGAGUAGCUUUCGUGGUCUCGGUCAUCCCAAAUCGACUCACUGGCCUGACCGAACUUGGAACGGUCAUUUUUGUGUUCAACAUUAUUCUUUUCGUCACCUUCACCACACUCAUGAUCACGCGCUUUAUAUUACACCCAGGAACUCUCAAGCACUCGCUUGUCAACCCUCACGAAGGAUUUUUCUUUGCAACAUUUUGGCUCAGUCUCGCAACAAUGAUGACUAAUACCACUGCAUACGGUAUUCCCAAUUCUGGUCCAUGGCUUGUCGAAGCUUUGUGGGUUGCCUUCUGGAUAUACACCGUCUGCGUUACACUCAUCGCAAUCUUCUACUACCAUGUCCUUUUCACUGUCAAGAAGCUGGUGAUCACGAACGUUUUGCCAGGAUGGGUACUACCCAUUUUCCCGGCAAUGCUAGUUGGGACACUUGCUUCCGCCAUCUCAAAAUUUCAACCCGCACAUCGCGCUUUACCGAUGCUAGUGGCCGGCCUUGCAUACCAGGGACUCGGGAUGAUGGUCGCGAUGAUGAUGUACGCUCUCUACUUCGGUAGACUCCUGACUUCAGGAUUGCCAGUCGAAGCCUCCAGACCCGCCAUGUUCAUCGCCGUUGGGCCACCCGCCUUCACAGCACUUGCUCUCAUCGGAAUGGCUCAAGACGUUGUCAAAACAGAGAUCUUCCCAAACUAUAUCGAAUUGAUCGGCAUCAUCGACCAGACCCUCAUCGCAGAUAUUUUUCAGCUUCUUGCACUUCUUACCGCUAUAUUCCUUUGGGUGUUCGCUUUCUGGUGUUUUGGAAUCGCUGUAGUCGCAAAUGUCGAAGCGAUACCAAGGAAUGACUUUCACCUCAACUGGUACGCAUACGUCUUCCCCAACGUGGGAUUCACAAUCGCAACGAUUCAAAUCGGUGUCCGACUCGACAGUAACGCCAUCACGCUGGUGGGAACGGGUAUGGGCGCCGUGCUUUUCUUUCUGUUACUCCUUAUCAUGUUCUGUCAUAUAAAAGCUGUGAUCAAAAAGGGGAUCAUGUGGCCAGGGAAGGACGAGGACUCUCAUCAUUGA